UCCAUCGCUAUGCAGAGCGACUAGUACAGACACUGGAGAAAACAAACCUGGAUGAACCUGUGGAUAUUAAAGCAUUUGUUGCCCCCUACAGUCUAGACGUUGUGUCCAGUGCAUCCUUCAGUGUCGACACAGAUGCCAUUACCAGUCCAGAUGGGCUUUUUAUCACUCAUUUGAAGAAAAUGAUGAACUUUUCACUUUUGCCCUUGCUUAUAUUACUGGUGUUUCCCUUUGGUACUCGAAUAGUGAACGCUUUAGGGCUGCCUCUCUUUCCCAAAGCCAGUGUGGACUUUUUCUAUGACAUCAUUAAAAAAUUCAAAGAUCAGCAUCAUUCAGACAAGACUAGCCGAGGAGACUUCCUGCAAGUGAUGAUUCAGAAUGAAAUUCCUGAAAUACCAAAUGAAGAUGAACAACCCAGUAAAGGUCUGACCGAGCAUGAAAUCCUUUCCCAAGCCUUGGUUUUCAUCUUUGGGGGCUAUGAGACCACCAGUGCCACUCUCUCCUACCUACUGUACCAGCUGGCCCUCAAUCCUGAAGCUUUACAGAAAUUACAUGAUGAGAGAGACAACUGCUUACCUAAAGAUGCUCCAGUGUCUUAUGAGGAUCUGAUGAGCCUGCAGUAUUUGGAUCAGUGUCUGAGUGAAUCCCAGCGUCUGACCCCAACUGCCCCACGUCUUGAGAGAGCAUGUAAGAAGACAGUGCAGAUCCACGGCAUCACUGUCCCAGAGGGGACCAUGAUGGGAAUCCCUGUGGCCCUUUUGCACAAGGACCCACGUUUUUGGGAUCAGCCUGAGUUCUUCAAACCGGAGAGAUUUAGUCAAGACCAUGAGAUCAGCCCAUAUGUGUUCAUGCCUUUUGGACAAGUGCCUCGCAACUGCAUUGGGAUGCGAUAUGCGAUCCUAACUAUGAAGAUGGUUGUGGUGCGCCUCCUUCAGAGCUACACUUUGGAAACGUGUAAAGAAACAACGAUUCCGCUGCUGAUGAACUGGAGGGCCGCACCUGUGAAGCCUAUCAAACUCAAAAUUGUUCCAAGGAACCCUUCAUAAAUUCAGCAUCUUUUUUUAAAGUACAUUUUCUUGGUAUAUGUUUUAUAUAUGGUUAUGGUCAGCAGCCUGUUUUGUCACAGCAUGUUUGUACUCUAACCACAAGAUGCUUUGAAUGUUUUUUUCCACUAAAACAUGGUAGAUUA